CACUUAUCUCUUGUCUUCCUUUUGCAAGCCUGGCCCAGACACUGCCGAAUCUUGUCAUCUUCCCGCCACCAGCGGCAGACACCUUUGACGGCUAGUAUCAAAACUCGGCACAUCCUCAACCUGGAGGUCGUUGAUAUUGCCCCCUCUAUUCUAGGCCAUCAGAAAGGUUGGGGAUAUGGCUACCAACAGUUCAUCACUUGUUACAGAAGCAGUAGCCAGCAAGAUCUUGCCGACAAAUGUCGCUGGAACCCCCCAAGCCAAUCAAGCCUUCAUGGAUCAACUCGUCCAGCUACCUGCUACUCUGUGGGAAAAUAGCGACGUUCUUGUACUCGAGUGCCGAAUCGUCUUCACAGCUCUAGCUUGUAUUUAUCUGGGGUCCCAUGCCUCUCUUCGCCGCCCCCCAUCAGCCAAUCCUCCCAAGAAGGAUGGGAAAGAGAAUAAACAUGGAGGACGGGAUCGAGAUGAUCAAUUCGUGCAGGGUCUACUCCCAUCUGACGCCAUUAUAUUCCCCAUAUUGGCUGGCGCAUCACUUGUAGGACUCUACUACUUGAUUAAAUGGCUCGAGGAUCCAGACAUCCUUAACAAGAUACUUCGGGUCUAUUUCUCCAUCAUGUCACUCGCCAGCCUGGGAAAGCUCUCUGCGGACUGUCUGCAUUUCUUGGUGGGAUUUAUCUUUCCGAGCGUGUGGACCGCCAAGGACGGUAAGCUUUUCCAUAUCGACGCUUCCAGAAGGGGCCAGUGGUAUACGGCUGAAGAGUCCCCAGAUCGAGUAUGGGAUGACAAGAAGAAGACUCCUCUUGCGGGUUGCUGGUCCGAGAUGAAUAUUUUUGACUCUAAGAAAUCUUUUCUCUGGGGAAUCCGCCAUUCACUUCUGGACCAGUGGACUAUCCGUAUAUCGCUUCACGGUAUCGUCAACGAGACCUUUAAGGUCAAGUUGGUCGAUAUUCUGGGCGUCGUCCUCGCCGUCGGAGCAAACGUGUUGUACUACGCGACGGAAUCGACCGCUUUAUCGAACAUUAUGGGCUACGCAUUCUCAUAUACUGGCAUAUUAGUGUUGUCGCCCACCACAUUCACUACCGGCACUGCCGUCCUUUUCGGAUUAUUCUUCUACGACAUUUACAUGGUCUUCUACACCCCAUACAUGGUGACAGUCGCCACUAAACUUGAUGUCCCUAUUAAACUCGUGUUUGGGGGACCGAAGAAGGUUAGCAUGCUUGGGUUGGGCGAUAUUGUCCUUCCUGGAAUAUUCAUCGGACUAGCCCUGCGGUUCGACCACUACAUGUAUUACCACCGACAGCGAAAGCUCGUCCCCAUCGAGUUAAAGAUCAAGGACGAAUCAUCAGGUGAACUCGUCACUAGUACCCAGACGCAGCGGAUGAUAGUGAAGCCUGACUAUAUAAACCCGCAAGGACAGUGGGGAGACCGAUUCUGGAGCACUAAAGUCAGCAAUAUGUUUUCACCUGAUGCUACGCCUGCACUUAAGGCAUCGGCAUUUCCUAAGCCUUAUUUCCACGCAACCAUGUUCGGAUAUUUCCUUGCGAUGCUGAUGACGCUAGCGAUGUUAUUAACUUACCGUCACGCCCAACCCGCGCUGUUAUACCUUGUCCCAGGCGUCGUUCUUGCUGCUUGGAUUACCGGUACGUUGCGGGGCGAAAUUCGCGAGAUGUUAACGUAUACCGAGGAUGGCUGGCUAGAUACAGCAGACACUAUUGUGGAGGUUGACGGAAAUGGAAACGUCAUUCAGGAGGGCCGCCGUGAUGCGGCCGGCGAGAAAGAGAACAUGGGAACCAAGAAGAAGACGCCCUCCGACGCCAAUCCAACCAAGAUUACGGAAAAACAACCCAAUGGGUUAAGGCACAAUGAUUCGGAACCCGCCGAGGUGGAGAAUAAGCCGGCUAGCUAUCCCGUUUUCCUUUUCUCUAUUGAGGCACCAGCUCCCUGAUCCGGCUUUGACACGAAUGGGAAGAGUUUGGUUGCCUCUUAGUGUAGUGGCACCUAUAUGUGAGAGUCCAAAAAGAC